CACUGGUUUUACAAAGAUCGAACAAAGAUGACGAGAAACCCGCAGAUAGCUGUGAACCUCAGUUUGACCCUGGAAUACCCCACAGACAGAGACACAAACACCUACACCUGCACCAUCUACAACAGGGAGGGAAACAUCAUGGUGAAGAAACAAGUGAAGCUCUUUGUCAGAGUGCCCCAGGUGGAGGUGGAUUCAGAGGUGGAGUCUGUCCAGCUCUCCUGCAAAACCAAAGUUCCUCUGCCUAAAGAUGCUAAAGUGGAGUGGACCUGCAUUCACAUCCGGACCACAGAAGUCCACGUGUAUCAGAACGGCUCUGACCAGCCUGAAGAACAGGAUGAGUUUUACAGAGGCCGAACAGAGAUGAAUAAAGACCCGCUGAACUCUGGAGACCUCAGUCUGACCCUGAGACUCCCCACAGACAGAGACAACUACACCUACACCUGCACCGUCUACAGCAGGGAGGGAGACAUCCUGAUGAAGAGACAAGUGAGGCUUCGGGUCAAAGUGUGUCAGGUGGAGGUAGAGGAGGGGAAGGGGGUGGAGUUUGUCCAGCUACCCUUCAAAACCACAGGUGACCUGUCCAACGCACAGGUGGAGUGGUGGCGCUAUGAACCUGAACCACCAAUGACGGUCCACAAAUAUCAGAAUGGCCCAGACCAGACUGACGAACAGAACCAGUUUUACAGAGACAGAACGAAGAUGAACGAAGACCUGCUGAAAAGUGGAGACCUCAGUCUGACCCUGAAGUGCCCCACAGACAGGGACACAGGAAAAUACAUCUGCAGAGUCGAGGCCAAGGGGAUGAAGAGAAAGAAGACAGUGCUGCUCAGAGUGAUAAACUGUGUGAUGGAGCUGGUGGAGGGGGCGGGGUCUGUUCAGCUGCCCUUCACUACUAUAGGUGACCUGCCUUUAGAUGCUGAAGUGCAGUGGAAACGCAUUAAGCCCAAACCAUCAAUUAUGGUCCACCUGUAUCAGAGCAGCUCUGACCAGCUUGAAGAACAGCACCAGGAUUACAGAGACCGAACAGAGAUGAAUGAAGACCUGCUGAAAACUGGAGACCUCAGUCUGACCCUGAAACUGCCCACACAGAGAGACAGUGGAGAAUACAUCUGUACUGUCUGCAGCAAAGAAAGAAGCAUCUCAAGAGAAACAACAGUGCUACUCAAGGUCAAAGGGAGAGUUCACGUCCAGGAUCAAACAGGAACAUCAGGAACUCCUCUGAUGGCUCAUCAAUCAGUUUGAUCUGUUUGGUUUAGGAUCCACGUUUGGAUCAUGAACAGGAAUGAGCCUCCACUUUCAACCGCCAUCAUUAUGUGAACACAUCACGACCCUUAUUCUUU